AUGGAUCUGGCCUGCAUGCAGGAUGCCUUCACCUCGCUGGUUAGGAAUGGUGAUCCUCAACAUCUUGGUCAGUUCUUCCUCUGGCUAGACUUGAAAGUUUCACAGUAUAAAAUUCAUGGAAGAUUUUCACCAGACAAAUACAACAGUCCAAAAAAAGUGUGGCUAGAAAAAGUUACAAAAAAGUUAUUUGAUAGUCAAAACGAGCAGUUGCCAACAAUCAAUGAAAAUGUAAGCUCCACGAUUCAACCUACAAAACUUGUUCCAGUGACCCCAGAAGAAAAACCAACGAUACAAAAAGUAAUCAAUGAUAUCCCAGUAACUCCAGUUAGAGAAAAAAAAAGUCCUUUUGAAAUGGCCAAACCCUUAUCUUAUUCAGAGUCAAAGUUAUCGACUUAUCAACUGAAUUGGGAGAAUUUUAAUGUAAGCGCUCUGUUUGGAGGUGGCAUGGGACCAGUUUUUAGUUUACACGAUCCAAGAUUGCCUAUUAAUUUUUUUCCUAACUUGCAUCAGGAUGUGCCUAAUGAACCACUAGACUUUUCAAAUAAUAAUGAUAAAAGCAUUUCUACACACCUUGAGGUCAAGCACAGCAAAAGAUCUGUUGUUGAUUGUAAAGUUUCAGAUCUCAAAGUGAGAGACAUGAAUUACAGCAGCUUGCAUAGUGGAUACCACAACAAUACCAUCAACAACAACAAUGGUAGCUGUAAUAAUAAUUCUAGUCACAAUAGCACCAAUCAAAGCAGACUUAGUGCCAAUAAAAUGACCACAGUAAACAACAAUCCAAUCUCUUCUCCGAGCAAACAACAACAACAGCACCACCAACAACAACAACAUCAUAACAGCAAAGAAACAGUGAAAUCAUUACUGAGGGAGGUACUUAGCAGACCUAGAGAACCAUUCAGUCCACAAUCUCUACCCCCUCCUAUCAUCAUUGCUCCUGAAAAUCCACUCAUCACUGCCAACCAACCAAUCAACGAUGAUGAAAUUUCACCAAAUACUGUUGUUGUGAUGCCAGAAGAUCCGCCGGAUAGCAGACAGCCAUGUCUGAAAGAGGAAGAAAAACAGUUCUGCACCAUCUGCCAGAAGCCAUUCAAUUAUAGAUCCAGUUAUAGAAGGCAUAUGAAGAUACAUGAUGGCAUAUUCAGCCAUGAAUGUUUCGUAUGUCGACGCAAGUUCACGCGUAAGGAGCACUACAAACGCCACAAAUGCAGCAGGAAGGCCAACAAACCAAACAGAGGCAUGAACCUGCACGAUGUCAGCAUGAACUCUGAACCCGACGCCUCAUCCAACUACACUGAUUUCAAACCUAACUCGUUCUCAACUCCAACCAAAUCUCGUAAAGGUAACAAAGUCGAUGGCCUAGAUGGCAAUAAAUCUGCUACUAAAAAUAAUUCUAAGAAGAAUGUUGUCAGCAGUCCCAAUGCUUUUAACAAUAACAUUCAUAAUAGCGUCAACAACAUGGCAAAAAAUAUAAGUUCUUCUGAUGUAUUACACCUGGCUUUCAUGAAUGCUAGUCAAGCUGACCACUUAACUCUAAAAAAUUUGCCUGACGGUAGUCAAAAACAUUCAACAGUUAGUAGAAAACAGAUGAAAAGUAGCCAUCUUAAUGCACCUGAACAUAGCACUGAUAACAACAAUGGUACUGAUUUUAGUAGUAGCAAAUUCUGCGGUAAUUUCGGUGGCAAUAUUCAUGAUUUCUAUCUAAGUAACUUACACGGUGCUAUGAGUCAUCGUCAUCAGUCUCCAGGUAAAAAUUUAAAAAAUACAGAUUUCAAUGCAAUAACCAAUCAUUCUAUUCUCAUCUCAUCCAAUGCAUUAACACCUGGACUCAAUCUUAAUGGCUUUGGCUAUUGUAACAACAACAACAACGAAUGCGACGGUUCCGAAUCCGGAUUCGGAUUCGGAUCCGAAUCCAGGGAUUCGGAAAAGAUUCGGAUCCGCGGAUCCUAA